GCGUCAAGAAGCUGAAUCUUGUUAUGAGAAUAGUUUCAAUAAACUCAUUGAGGCAAGGUGUAGCUGUUAUUUGUCUCAGGCGUUUAGCAUCAUUGAGGGAUAAAGGAAUUGGUAUUGAAAAGGAUAAAUCUAUUGAGGAAGGAAAUACCAAUG